GUAUUAUCAGAUCUAUCUGUAGUUUACACAUGAUGGAGCCACAGACCUAAAUUGAACUGUGGAUGGAGCACAGUGGCCCAGUGAAAUUGAACGAGCGCCGACGUAUGUAGUUUCCGAUUCGAGCAUCUGCCCUCCUCCGUCUCCGGCAACCCUCCAAUCAACACUCGAUUGCCUCGCAGGUUCCUGUCGGCGUCAGAUCACCAUAUUUAGCUAGCCACAGAGUUCCAGCUUCGGAGUUGAUCACCGAAAACCGGGCUGAAAAUUGCUGGUUACAGCUGCGAGAUAUUCGCCCAGUGGACGACUUGCAGUCACCGAGUUGGACAGGGGAAAAGCACUGACGUCGAUGGAAGCGAUGUGGUUUCAUGUCAGCAGCUGCAAUGACAUGACAGUUGAGUUUCAGCGAUGAGAAGACGUCGCCUUUUCUGUUGAGAAUUCAGCUAGUAAGUCAGUUAGCUGCGAAGCUAACCAGCCAACCAAGUAUCAAGAAGUCUGUUGAAACAGGGUUUUCUGGACGGAUACUACCAAGGAAACAAUCUUUCAUGCGGGCGACCAGUUCUAUAUGUCUCGGAUAUCGCGUGUUAUUCUGUCUGCCAUUACUGUGACUUUGUUAAAUCCAUCGUUUCGGUAACCAACAUUUCUAGCUGGCUAACAGGCAGUCCUGGUAGUGACGGAGGUGUCUGAUUGGUUGGAGUACCGUGAGAGUGACUUGUAGGAACGGGGACACGGAAGACCCCCCUUCCCCUCCCUCUCCCCUAAAGUUUAGAGGACCCCCAUACAUCAAGACUGGUCCAGUCAAACGGCAAGUGUUGGAGUUUGUCACGCGGCUACCCCGCCGUUUCUCCCUAGGGGAACCUCGGUGUCCCCAGAGCUAAGUAGUCUGUCUACUGGGUGUUCUUCUAAGUGAGCCGGGAGGGAUCCGGACAGAGACCCCAUGAAUGGAAAUCGGAACUACUACAGGAGCGGCUGGGGCGCAGGCCCUUUUCACCGUACCCCGGCGGCCCGGCUAUGGCACCAUGGGCAAGCCCAUCAAGCUGCUGGCCAACUGCUUCCAGGUGGAGAUCCCCAAGAUCGACGUCUACCUCUAUGAGGUCGACAUCAAGCCUGACAAGUGCCCACGCCGCGUCAACAGGGAGGUGGUUGACUCAAUGGUGCAGCACUUCAAGGUGACGAUCUUUGGGGAUCGCCGGCCAGUCUACGAUGGGAAGAAGAGCCUAUACACCGCUAACCCACUGCCAGUGGCACCCACAGGGGUGGACCUGGACGUGACCCUGCCUGGCGAGGGGGGUAAGGACCGCCCCUUCAAGGUGUCGAUCCGCUUCGUCUCGCUGGUCAGCUGGCACAUGCUGCACGAGGUGCUGACGGGCCACACCACGCCCGAACCCCUGGAGCUGGACAAGCCCAUCAGCACCAACCCGGUACACGCCGUGGAUGUGGUGCUGAGACACCUACCAUCUAUGAAGUACACUCCAGUGGGGCGGUCCUUCUUCUCGGCUCCCGAGGGCUAUGACCAUCCCCUGGGCGGGGGCAGGGAGGUCUGGUUCGGCUUCCAUCAGUCCGUCAGGCCGGCCAUGUGGAAGAUGAUGCUCAACAUAGACGUGUCUGCCACGGCCUUCUACAAAGCACAGCCGGUCAUCCAGUUCAUGUGUGAGGUCUUGGACAUCCACAACAUCGACGAGCAGCCCCGCCCCCUCACAGACUCACACAGGGUCAAAUUCACCAAAGAAAUCAAAGGUCUGAAGGUUGAGGUGACGCACUGUGGAACCAUGAGGAGGAAGUACCGCGUGUGUAACGUGACCCGCAGACCUGCCAGCCACCAGACGUUUCCCCUGCAGCUGGAGAAUGGCCAGACGGUGGAGCGCACGGUGGCGCAGUACUUUAGAGAGAAGUACAAUCUGCAGCUCAAGUACCCUCACCUGCCCUGCCUACAGGUGGGACAGGAACAGAAGCACACCUACCUGCCCCUGGAGGUUUGUAACAUAGUAGCAGGUCAGCGCUGCAUCAAGAAGCUGACUGAUAAUCAGACCUCCACCAUGAUCAAGGCCACGGCUCGCUCUGCACCCGACAGGCAGGAGGAGAUCAGCAGGCUGGUGCGGAGUGCUAACUACGAGGCGGAUCCCUUCGUGCAGGAGUUCCAGUUCCGCGUGCGUGAUGAGAUGGCCCACGUGACGGGCCGCGUGCUUCCCGCCCCCAUGCUGCAGUACGGCGGCCGGGUGAGCUCAGAGCCCUUCAUGAACCGUACGGUGGCCACUCCUAGCCAUGGCGUGUGGGACAUGAGAGGGAAGCAGUUCCACACAGGCGUGGAGAUCAAGAUGUGGGCUAUCGCCUGCUUCGCUACCCAGAGACAAUGCAGAGAGGAGAUACUCAAAGGUUUCACGGACCAGCUGCGUAAGAUCUCGAAGGACGCGGGCAUGCCCAUCCAGGGUCAGCCGUGCUUCUGCAAGUACGCCCAGGGAGCGGACAGUGUGGAGCCCAUGUUCAGACACCUGAAGAACACCUACUCUGGCCUGCAGCUCAUCAUCGUCAUCCUGCCAGGCAAGACCCCCGUCUACGCGGAGGUGAAGCGCGUGGGCGACACGCUGCUGGGCAUGGCCACCCAGUGUGUGCAGGUGAAGAACGUGGUCAAGACGUCUCCUCAGACCCUCUCCAACCUCUGCCUCAAGAUCAACGUCAAGCUGGGGGGCAUCAAUAACAUCCUGGUGCCACACCAACGGCCCUCUGUGUUCCAGCAGCCAGUCAUCUUCCUGGGGGCCGACGUCACUCACCCACCAGCAGGGGACGGAAAGAAGCCCUCUAUCGCAGCGGUGGUAGGCAGUAUGGAUGCCCACCCCAGCAGGUACUGUGCCACGGUGCGCGUGCAGCGUCCGCGUCAGGAGGUGAUCCAGGACUUGGCCUCCAUGGUGCGCGAGCUGCUCAUCCAGUUCUACAAGUCCACGCGCUACAAACCCACGCGCAUCAUCUUCUACCGGGACGGAGUCUCCGAGGGACAGUUCAGACAGGUGCUGUACUACGAGCUGCUAGCCAUCCGUGAGGCGUGCAUCAGUCUGGAGAAGGACUACCAGCCGGGCAUCACCUACAUCGUGGUCCAGAAACGACACCACACACGCCUCUUCUGCGCCGACCGCAACGAGAGGGUUGGCCGCAGUGGAAACAUUCCUGCUGGCACGACAGUGGACACGGACAUCACGCAUCCCUAUGAGUUCGACUUUUACCUCUGCAGUCAUGCGGGAAUACAGGGCACGAGUAGGCCCUCCCAUUACCACGUGCUGUGGGACGACAACUGCUUCACGGCAGAUGAGUUUCAGCUGCUGACCUACCAGCUGUGCCACACCUACGUGCGCUGCACGCGCUCCGUCUCCAUCCCCGCGCCCGCCUACUACGCUCACCUGGUGGCCUUCCGCGCCCGAUACCACCUGGUGGACAAGGAGCACGACAGUGCGGAGGGCAGCCACGUGUCUGGUCAGAGCAACGGAAGGGACCCGCAGGCCCUGGCCAAAGCCGUGCAGAUCCACCACGACACCCUGAGGACCAUGUACUUUGCCUGAGCGCACACACGCACACACGCACAGACUUGGUAUAUGUACAUGUACAUACAUACACAUGCAUACAUCUUAACACACAGCCAUACUCGAAUGCAGACCACAGAAACACCACAUUUUUUUCUUCUUCUUUUACAUACCCGUACACACACACACACACACACACACACACACACACACACACACACACACACACCAACUACCACUUUCAGUCUGUGCAUCCCAGAGUGUCUGCCGACAGAGCCAGCUGAAGGAGUCUGACCCGGCCCGACCCGGUCCAUUUGGACCCACCACUGUGCAGUGUGUACGCCAAGACACAGGGGGGCGAGCAUGAGCGCGGCAGAACGAAGGAAGUAGAGGAGAGAGACGUGUGUGUAGAAGGGAAAGAGAGGAGAGUGAUGGAGAACAGGCCAAGGGCUGUGAAGAACCCCCACCACCCGUAAUUAACAUGGACGCUCCGGCCUAAAAGUACCAAGUCCAACUUAGUACCCUUAGAAGAACAGAACUGUGCACUUAUGCAAUAUCCAACCAGCCAACUGCUUUCAUGACCAUCUCCUUCGCAAUAUUAAUAGACAAAAAUUACCUAGGCAAUUUUUUGUCCAUUAAUCUUGCUAGAUUUUUUUUUGUCCAUUGAUAUUGCUAGAUUUUCCCUUAAUAGUGUGUCUGCUAAUAUUGCUAGAAAUCCACCAGACAGCAAUUACGUACAUCUAUUAACCAUAGAUGAAUACAAGUCCCUUUUGUCCGCUACCCCCUCUUCAGUACCUCUGCGAACCCCGUAGGGCUCUCGACCUCCAGCUUGGGAACCACUGGUGCAUUGGACCCCCAUACGUCCCCCGUCCCCCCCCCUGUUUUGUAAUUGUGGUCAUUCUGAUGUCUCUUUUAAUCAUGCCCUUUUACCAGUACCUCAGGUUUUUUUUUUAAUCCACAGCACUUUUGGUUUUCCAUUAUUUUGUCCUUGCUCUGUUUUUUUAUCUGCUCUUUGCAAACACCGUUUAGGGAAUUGGAAGCUAAAGGAAUGAAGAGUUUGUAUUGGGUUGGAUUAACGGUUAGGUGGACAGACUCCUCUGUGAGUUUGUCUACGUUUUUUCCACUAACUUUUAUUGUGAAUUAACAGCUCUGUCUUUCUAUCCCAACCCCUUGCUUUUUUUCAGCCAAUGGUGACUUAAACUAUAAUUGUGUCAAUUUACAAUGAAGUGUAAGAAACAUAUUUAGAUUAUGAUACAAACAAACCAAGGUGUUACACAUGACUCAAUGCCACUUUUAGACUUUUAAAACGAUUUCUGGUCCCAACAAGGUUUCUGCCCUCAUUGAGGUGUAAACAUGCCAUGCUGGCAACCUUCUGUAACCGCUUUUUUUGUACGAAAGUUGCUUUUGAAGGUAUUUUACAUUAGCCUGGUUCUCACUAGACUGUGUGUGUGUGUGUGUGUGUGUGUGUGUGUGUGUGUGUGUGUGUGUGUGUGUGUGUGUGUGUGUGUGUGUGUGUGU